AUGACAAAUAGCUACGAUCAUGAUAACAACAUAUUUUUUGAAGAGAAAACGAAGAAAAGAAAAAGGAGCAUUUCUAUAAGCUCAAACUAUCCAAAUAAAAUUCAUAUAUCAAGAGAAAAUAAAAAAAAAAAGACAAAAAAGAAAAUAAUAAAAUUAGAGAAUGAAAAAAUUGAAGAUUAUUUUUUAAUAAAAAAGUUUUUACCCAUAUGUGAAGAAUUUUUAUUAAAAAAUGAAGACAAUGUGUUUUUCCAUUUUUUUAAAAAAAACAAAGAAAUACUAAUGGACAAUAUAAAAAUGGCAAAUGAAAAAAUAAAUAAAUCAAACAGAGAAGCAAAAUAUAAUAAUCAAUCAUGUAAAGAAUUACAAGACAGUUAUAAUAAAAAUAAAAAUAAUCCACAAGAUGUUGAUAGUUUAUAUGAUAAUAAUUAUUCAUAUGAAUCAAUGGAAAAUAUGUUAAAGGAAAAAAAAAAAAAAAAAAAAAAAAAAAAAAAAGAAAAAAGUAGAAAAUUUAAUUUAUAUAAAAGUUAUAUAAAAGUUACAAAAAAGAAUUUAAAAGAAAUUGAAUUACCUUUUGAUCGAGCUGUUCUAUUAAAUGUAAUUGAUAAAAAAGACAAUACAAAAAAAAUAAUAAAAAUAAUAAAUAAACAAAAAGUAUUGAAUUCAUUUGGAGAAUCAUGGCAAUAUAUGAUGGAAUAUAUUAUAUCAUUAAAUGAACAUAAAAAUUUAAUGAAAAUAUUUAAUAUAUAUGAUGAUAAUAAAAAUUUUUAUAUUGUUAUGGAGAAAUUAUAUGGAAAAGAAUUAUUUAAUUUCUUAGUUUAUAAAAAACAAGUGAAAGAAAAUAUCUGUAAAUAUAUUAUAAGUCAAAUAUUACAAGCUGUCUAUUAUUUACAUUAUCAUAAUAUUAUUCAUAGAGAUAUUAAACCAGAAAAUCUUAUGUUUAGACAUAAAAAAACAAAACAUAAAGGUUAUAUGUAUAAUUAUGAACUUGUCUUAAUUGAUUAUGAUACAUGUCAUUUUAUAAAUAAUUUCGAACAAACAUCUACAAAUAUUUUAAUGAACACAUUGGUUUCUUCACAUGGAGUAACAAAUCAAAAUUGUAAUACUUACAAUAAUAAUAAUAAUAAUAAUAAUAAUAAUAAUAAUAAUCAUAAUAAUCAUAAUAAUUAUUAUUAUUAUAAUGCUUGUUCACAAAAUAAAUCCUAUCAACAUAGAAAUAUACACACCAAUAAUAAUAACAUUCAUCAUAAUAAUAAUCAAUUAUAUUCCACCACACAUGCAGCUACAGCAAAUUGCUUGUUAAAUCAUGUGGAUAAUAACCCAGCUAGCGAAAAAAAAAAAACAACAUCUGAAAAUAACAAAGAAUUGGAAAAAGAAACAAAUAAAACACCAUAUGAAAAAUAUGAAGAAAAAAAAAUAUAUCCAAAACAAAAAAAUCCAAUUACAAAUAUAUAUUUAUAUAACCAAUCAAAAGACAUAACAAAAAGAAUAUGUUCAAAAAAUCAUCAAACUAAUGAAAUAAAAAAAAAUAUAAAUAAUGAUGAUCAAACAAAUAAUCAUAGAACAAGUAGUAAUAAAAAAUAUAUAAAAUUAGUAGGAACAUAUGGAUAUAUAGCUCCUGAAAUUAUUAAAGGUUUUAAUUAUUCAAUUUUAUCAGAUAUGUGGUCUAUAGGAAUUAUAUUCUAUAUUUUAAUGACUGGUAUUACUCCUUUACCUAUGUGUUUAAUGGUUAAUUAUAAAAACACUAAAGAUAUAUUAUUAAAGAAAGAAAAAAAAGGUAUAAAUUUUAAUCUUUUAUCAUUCCAUAAUUACCCAAUUGCAAAAGAUUUAUGUGAACAAUUCUUGCAGUUUGAUCCAAACAAAAGAAUAUCCAGCACAGUUUCUGCAGCUAAUCAUCCUUGGUUGAAGUAUUUCCACAUAUUAAACAAAAAUAAAAAAAAAAAAAAAAAAAAAAAGAAAAAAAAAAAUUUCAUAUGCACCACUCGUUGGAUAUAUCAACACAGUCAAGACAAACAACAAAAAAAAGAAAAGAACAAAAAGAGGAACAAACAAAAAAAUAAAAACAAAAAAAAUAAAAAUAUGGACAAUAAGGCUUAUAGUGUUUAUUAUGAUCACAUGGUGAAAGAGCUAGACAAUGAUAAAAGUAUAGAAAAUGUGAAUAAAAUGAAUAAUUUGAAUAAUAUAAAUAAUAUGAAUAAUAUUUAUAAUAUGAACAAUUCAUAUAGUUUAUAUAACGAUAAUUAUUUUAAAUCUCGUAAUACUUGGCAUCAUGAAAUUAAUAAUCAACUAAAUGUUAUAAAUAAAUAUAUAUAUCCAUUUACAUGUAUUAAUAAAAAUAUGAAACAAAAUAAUACAUAUAUCAAUACUUAUAAAAAUAAUACAAAUUUAUUCUUACAUAAUAAUAACUAUUAUUAUAAUAAAAAUGAUGAACAUAUAAUUAAAAAUAAUUAUAAACAUUUAAAUAUAUUUAAUAAAGACAUAUAUGCAUAUCCUUCAUUUACAAUACAAGAACAUAAUAAAAAUAAAAACAACAAUAAUUAUAACAAUAAUAAUAAUAAUAAUAAUUAUAACAAUAAUUAUAAUAAUAAGAUGGAAGAAUCUUUACAUAAUAAUAUCAUCUAUCAAAAGAAUAAACAAAAAAAUAUAUAUAAUCAAUGUAUGGAAAAUAAUUCUAUUAUUAUAGAUGAAUAUCAAAAUAAUCUACAUAAUAAUAAUAAUAAGCCUUCAUUUAUU